AUGGCGACCGUUGGAACUCUUCAGCGUAUUACUGCUGGAAAGCUCUCUACCAUACUGUUGGCAGAGCAGGCUGCAGGCAAUUCGUCUGUGGCCGUCGUUGACGUUCGCGACGAUGACUACAUUGGCGGCCAUAUCAAAGGCUGCAUCAAUAUGCCCUCCAGAAGUCUCGAUGCUACGAUGCCCACCCUCAUCCGCCGCCUCGAAGGCAAGAAAACCGUCGUGUUCCACUGCGCUCUGUCGCAGCAACGUGGGCCCAGCGCUGCCCUUCGGUAUCUCCGAGAACGCGACCAGAUUCUCGCCUCUAAGAAAUCUUCUGGUUCAGCAGAGGACUCGGCAGCUGCGGACCCGCAGACAAUAUACGUUCUGGACCGCGGAUUCGUCGGCUGGCAGGAAACUUACGGCGAGGACGAGCGAUUGACCGAGGGAUAUAGCAAGGAACUCUGGAAGGAUGGAUAUUGGAUGUGA